GGCCGGACCGCCAUGCUGAGAGGUCGCAUGCAAGGCGAGCUCCUGCGGACCACAGAUGUUAAUGGCUAUGAAAAGCCUCAAACUCACCCAUCUGCAGUCUGGAAGCAACGAUCCUGCUGACGAAGGGGUGCCAGUGCUGAGGCCUCUAUGAAAACGAGCGUAACAAACCCUGAAAGGGUUUGCAGCACAUGAGGCCUACCCGGGCAGUGGGUAGGGUGGACGGCGGCCGCCUUGCUAUCCUGCCCUGUGGUUUCCCUCUGGAGCUCCAACGCCACGUGGUAAGGGCCCCGUUACCCCCCCCCUUUGGACCGGCGGGGGUCAUCCCGGUCCCAGGAGACCGCCCCCACAACCUACAGCACCCAGGUCUGGUGGGGCCCCAGCUACUAAAAUGGCGGGUGAGGGAGGCAGACCUGAAGUGGCGGCACAGCCAGGGAUCACCAACGCAUAGUGGAACAGAACCCCCGAUGCAGCAAACCCCCUACAGCAACCAAACUACUGCCCAACCUUCCAGCAAGAGGGACCCCCGGUCCCAGCGGCAAUGAGCAGACGGACACAGCUCUCCGGUCCCUCACCAAGCAAAGUCAUGUACCCUGCCGACCAGCGUGACACCCAUGCACUCCGGCAGCCUUCAGAGGAAGAUCGAGCAGAAGAGAGACCAUACACAGGGAGAGCAUUCAUACCCCCUAUUAACAACCAUGCUGAACUCACCACUACCAUGCUAAAGGCCAUGCAAGAAGGGGUCUGGGUAAGCCUGUACUGUGUGGGGAUACUCUUGGGGCUUGGGCUCCACAUAGGGGGGGAAGGCUUCUGUAAAUCCUGUAACUUAAGCAACUUGUCACACUCUCAAUCUACAACACUCUAUGAUAAUCAUUUACGCAUCUCUAACCUGAUAACAUGUUAGCCACAGCAUUGUAAAGCCUGUUUAUUGAUUGCAUGUCUAAGUCUCAUAUGCUGAUUUACAUUCAUCAUCUCUAUAAUUAACCAAAAAAAAAAAGUGCACGUAACCUCGAAACCCCACUGUUAUAAAUGUUGAAAACCAGAGUGAGGAAUGUCGUUGGGGUACCUCGCGCAUGUUGUGUUAUUUCUUUGCACUGCAAAAAUAAUUUUUUUUAAAAACAAAAACAAAAAAAAAACAAUAACCCAAUGCCCCUUAGGG